AAACUACCGAAAUACCAAUCUAUUUGUAGGAAAACAUAAGUCCAUCUGGAAUUAUGGGUGUAUAUUUGUCGUCACCCAUAACUGAUAAAGUGUCAGUCGAUAAGAAAUGCGCGAACUAUGUUUAUGGAGCGUCUUCAAUGCAGGGUUGGCGAAUGACACAAGAGGAUGCUCACAACUGUAUCAGUGAUUUUGAUCCUGAAACCCAAACAUCACUGUUUGCUGUGUAUGAUGGGCAUGGGGGUUCUGAGGUGGCCCAGUAUGCAGCAGCCCACUUCCCAGAGUUCCUGAGGACACUGGAGUUGUAUCGUGAUGGUCAGCUUGAUGAAGCUCUGCAAGAGGCAUUUCUGGGGUUUGACCUGACACUGAAAGAUGAGAAGGUCAUACAGGCAUUGAAAGUGCUUGCUGGAGUCGAUGAGAACGAUGAAGAUGUGGUCGAAGAUGAGGAGGGCAUGGGUCGGUCUGAGCGUGACUUGCUGGUUGCCGAGGCCAACAUGCCACUAGAGGAGCUCAUGGCGCGAUACUCUGGGGCCGCAGCCUUGCCUCAGAAGGCUCACCUCAUGGCCAAGGAUAAACACCCCUCACCCAUGCUCAGGCCAAAACAGUCAACUUCCAACGCAGGUAGCUCUAAUGGCUCUGAGGCAGACUCCAACAAUAGUGCUGCAGACCCUUUGGCCACAAAUCUGGCCAACAGGCUGGAUAGUGAACAACCGGAUAACGACAAUAACCUGAACGUAGAGAAGGAACUGAGAGAGGCCAAAGUGAAAUCAGACAGCGAACCUGAUAGCACAAACACAGAGCAAAAUAAGAACAAUUCUAAUCAAGAUUGUAGUGACUCAAAGCAUAGCAAAAUAUCGAAUGGUGAAACAAACGAGUGUAUUGAGGCGGAGGACAGUAAAACUGUUAGAAGUGCUAAAAGCAACACAGACAAUCAUGAUAAAGCAGGCUCCAGUACAGAGCCGGACAGUUCAUCUGAUGUUGUGACUGUACAAAAAACUUUUUCCUCUGAAGCGGAUCAGGGAUGUUCAAGCUCGAGCUCAGAUGAGCCUGUGAACUCUGGGUCUGGGGCGUGUUCUGAACCAGGCCCGUCCGGGUCAGGUAGCUCCUCCAGUUCAGCUGAGACCUUAGGGGCUGGGGAAGGACAUAUAAGGGAGGUGGAGGGACCAUCUGGGUCCAGUGAGGGGCCAUCAGGAUCAGGGGUGAAGGCAGGAGGGUCAGGGUCAUCAAGUAUUGACAAGCCCAAGGGUGAAGAGGACUGGGAGGAGUAUGACAGUGAAGAUGAUGAUGACAGCGAUGAUGAUGAUAGUGAUGAUGAGGAAGAUUAUGUGGAGGAAGAUGACAGUGAAGAUGAUGACGAUGAUGAUGAUGAUGAAGAGGCAGAGGAGAUUGGUGGAAUAUUUGGCGUGAAGUCAGUGGCUGAUGGGGAGGAGGAACAUUCAGAAGAGCCAGGGUCUGACAGCGGUUGCACUGCUGUGGUCACGCUCAUCCGGGACAGUCGGGUGUACGUAGCCAACGCGGGCGACUCCCGGUGUGUGCUGUGCCGCGCAGGCAAGGCCGUGGACCUGUCGUUCGACCACAAACCAGAAGACGAAAGGGAGAGGUCACGGAUAGAGGCGGCGGGCGGGAAGGUCACGAAUGACGGGCGGGUCAACGGGGGCCUAAAUUUGUCCCGGGCAUUAGGUGACCACUGGUACAAGCGCAACGAGAGCAAGCCUGCACGGGACCAGAUGAUCUCUGCACUUCCUGAUGUUGAGACUGCCACACUGGGCCCAGAGGACGAGUUCCUCAUCAUAGCCUGUGAUGGAAUAUGGAACUCCAUGUCCAGUCAGGAAUGUGUGGAGUUUGUUCGUGAGCGCUUGAAGGACCCCUUGAAGAGUGUGAAGCCGUCCAUGGUCUGUGAAGAGCUGUUUGACCACUGUUUGGCGCCUAACACCAUGGGCGACGGAACAGGGUGUGAUAACAUGACCUGCAUCAUUAUUGUCCUCAAUAGCAGCACCAGCAGCAGCAGCAGUAGUAAUGGCUGCAAAAUCACUAGCAGCAACAUCAGUAGUUGUAAGAGAGACAUCACUCAUCUGGAGUCGACCUCGGAGGAUUUGCAGCCUGAGAAACGUACCAAACUAGAGACAGAUGAGAUAUGUGCUGAGGGAAGCAAGCUGGAAACGGAUGAGACGCGUUCUGAAAGCACCAAACUAGAAACGGAUGAGACAUGAGCUGAUGGAACUAAACUAUACAUGGCUUUUACAAACGCUGAGGAAACCAAACUAGACACAGUCUACACAACGGCUGUAAUAACUUGGUGUGUUACAGGCUUGUCAGCCAUCUUGAUGGCAGGUUUAUAAAUUGAACAUUAUUUGGUGGCUUUGUUGUUUUUCAGAGAUUGACAGGAAAUUGUUUUGUUAGUUGAUAUGUUAUAAUGAAUUAUGUGAUUGUUAGUUAUUAAGGGUUAUGCAUGUAGUUGUGUUCAAAACGAUGAGAUAACAAUAUUUUAUUAAAUUUGUUUACCUUAAAGAAAGAAACUUUACAAUUUUUAAUUUUCACACUUGUAAACUAAAUCUAUAAGUAAUAGUAUAUACUUGAAUUAAAUCAUAUACCAUGUUAAAUAUUAGUAUAACUUGGAGCUAACCUAAUGAUUGGCAGGAAACUUAAGUGAAUUUAUAGAAUAGUAAGUUUCUGUCCCUUUUGCAGAAGUAUACCCUCCAAGUUAGAGGUACCUUUGUUCAUAUUUUAAGCAUAUUUGUGUCUAAUGAAGCCUAGCUCUGUGAAAACAGGCCUUAAUGCAUGAGACAGUCUGUACAGGCUCAUCAGGGACGUCACUUUCCGCUGUAACUGGAUUUUCAUGAAGAAAAGACUUCCUUUACAGAAAAUACCAUACAAGUGCAUGCGCUUAUCUGGGACAACACUUUAUGAACAUGCAUUAACCUACCAACCCCAGCAGAUUUUUCAAAUAUAAAGGAAGUGAUUGAAAAUAUGUCAUUUGUUUAGAGGAAGAAUAAACUUACUCAGUACUUUUUGUUUUUUUCAAAUAUCUUAAAAAAUAAAAAAGUUAUGAUCAUUAUACUUUUUAACAGUUGUACGUUUUCUUGGAUAAAAGUUAAGCGCGAAAUCGCGGCACCGUAAAAAUAUUUUUCCCACAAAUAUUUCCAUAACUUUUUUAUUUUACAUGGUAAUUUCAUAAAAUUUGGUAUGAUUAACCCUUUCCCACUCGGAUGCAAAGUAAAAGUAGCGGUGUGCAAACAGCAUAAAACCAGAACAGCAUGCGAGUAACUCUCAGUCUGUUCAGGUAUUAUGCUGUUUGCUGCUAAUCAGUAUCUAAGGGUUGGAAUGAACCCUUUAAAUUUGAAUCUAAUAAGAAAGGAAGUUAAUUAAAAUUAAUUUUCUGAGGGACGACAAAGGCAUGAAAAUACGUAUCUAAGCGGUAAAAGAUUAAAUGCGUAUCUAAGUGGUAAAGGGUGAAAUACGUAUCUAAGUGGUAAAGGGUUAAAUACGUAUCUAAGUGGUAAAGGGUUAAAUACGUUUUAAGUGGUAAAGGUUUAAAUACGUAUCUAAGUGGUAAAGGGUUAAACACUGUUUUCUUAGAUGGAGGGUCCAUUGUUUGUGAGGACAUUAUUGAAAGGUUAGCGACGUAGGUCAUAACAGCUGUCAUCCGCCUUUAUGUUCUUGAUACUGGUUUGUUCAGCAAACAAAGUUUAUGAAUUUUACUGAUAUCAAGCUGUCUUUAUAUGUAAUCAGAUGUAUAAAUUGUAAUAGACUUAUAAUUAUUGUAGUGGCAAUUCCAAAGUGUUUCGCUUUGGGUUAAAUUGAAGUAAUUAUGGUUUGAUGUUUUUUAUUUGUUUUACAACUAUGCAUGAGAACUAAACCAUUGCCAAUAUCUCAAUGAAAUAUUGUAGAAAUGGAGUUAUAUUGUGUUAAUGGAUGUUAUAAUUAAUGCAUUGAAUUUGUAGUCAAGUUCAUACAGUUCAUUAUUCCAGGAUUUAGUCUCCCUUUGAUGGGGUGAAGGCCUCUAGAGUCAAACACUGUGCAUUGAGAAAUUAUAAGAUGUUAUAUCACAAAAUAAAGUGAAAAACUGAUAAA